GUAGUGUGUAACGACAGCGCAAGAGUUACCGUAAAAUGUUGUGAUUUUAACCCCCUACAUUAAGUGCAGUGUGAAUAAAUGAGACACCGCCGGUGUGUUCCGCUGCCUGGUAGCCGUGAUAAAUACAAUGAGUUUUUAGGUUCCAGGGUCUCAGAGGUGAGAAAUGUCUUUGACGUGUUGGCAGAAAGUACCGGUGAGGCUGUACACCAGAGUGCUGUCCAACACCAGAGUGCCGUCCAUCACCACAGUGCUGACCUGCAAGGGUGUACAAACUUUUGAAAGGCAUAACAGUGAACACAGCCGUAGCAAAUGUCUCCGGAGAGUGGUCAUUACUGGAAUUGGACUUGUGUCUCCACUGGGGACGGGAACAGCUCUGGCCUGGGAGCGUCUGAUCUCUGGAGAGAGCGGAAUCGUGGCCCUGGACCCGGACGAGUACAAAGCAGUGCCGUGUAAAGUAGCGGCUCGAGUUCCUCGAGGACACGCAGAGGGAGAGUUUAAAGAAGAAAAGUUUGUUUCACGUGGAGAGAUAAACAGCAUGUCUCAGGCAACAGUGAUGGCCCUCGGUGCUGCUCAGCUGGCCCUACAGGACUGUGGAUGGUAUCCCAGAACCCCUGAGGAGCAGCUGAGCACAGGGGUAGCUGUAGGCAUGGGCAUGGUGCCUUUGGAGGAGAUCGCUAACACCGCCGCUGCUUUUCAGACACGUGGCUACAGCAAAGUGAGUCCCUUCUUUGUCCCUCGCAUCCUGGUCAACAUGGCCGCCGGGCACAUCAGCAUCAAGCACAAGCUGAAGGGACCCAACCAUGCUGUGUCCACUGCCUGCACCACGGGGGCUCACGCCAUCGGAGACGCAACUCGCUUCAUCAUCCACGGAGACGCCACAGUGAUGCUCGCUGGAGGAACCGAGGCAUGCGUCAGCCCCCUGGCCUUAGCGGGCUUUGCACGUGCUCGGGCUCUGAGUACCAGUUGGAACGAACAGCCCAAGCUUGCAUCUCGACCCUUUCACCCGGACCGAGAAGGGUUUGUGAUGGGUGAAGGUGCAGCUAUGCUGGUUCUGGAGGAGUAUACGCAUGCUGUAGAGAGAGGAGCACGGGUUUACGCCGAGGUGCUGGGAUACGGACUCUCAGGAGAUGGCAGUCACAUCACGGCCCCUUCUGCAGAUGGAGAUGGAGCUUUCAGGUGCAUGUCCGCGGCUCUGCAUGACGCUGAUGUGUCUCCAUCAGAAGUGACGUAUGUGAAUGCUCAUGCCACUUCUACACCCCUGGGAGAUGCUGCAGAAAACACUGCCGUCAAAAGACUCUUCCAGCAGCACUCACAGUCUCUUGCUGUUUCCUCCACUAAAGGGGCCACAGGGCAUCUUCUUGGAGCAGCUGGCGCUCUAGAGGCAGCAUUCACAGCACUCGCGUGCUACCAUGCAAUCCUUCCUCCAACUCUGAACCUGGACCGAACCGAGCCGGAGUUUGAUCUGAACUACGUGCCCUGUGCUGCCCAGCCCUGGAAGACAGGAGGCAGGAGAGUCGCACUCACAAACUCUUUUGGUUUUGGAGGCACAAAUGCCUCUCUGUGUCUUGCCAGUGUGUGAGAUCUAAUGAGUGAUUCACUGUCAGCUGUGAAUGAAGGCCAGAAGCAAUGAAGGCCUGAGUAAGAUAAAACUCCUGAAUGAAGUGCCACCAUGAGAAGAGUGUGUGAGGCUUUAUCGAGACCACAGUGUCUCGAUAAAGUAAACAUGUCAAAUAUAAAACAUUUAACAUGUCAAAUAUAAAAUUAUUUGCUUUCUUGAACACUGUUCUUGUGCUGUAAUAUUUGAUGCCCUGGAUGUUACAGGGAAGCAAAACAUAUGGAAUAAAACGCAAGGAAGAUAAAUACAAUAACAAUUA